AUGGAGAGAGAAUCAGCAGCCCUAGAUGGCGAUUCAAUCUCUCCUAAUCAAACCAUUUUCCAGGGAUUUGAAUGGUAUAUCCCUGCUGAUCAUCAGCAAUGGAUUCGCCUUUCUCGAUCCAUGCGAGAUCUUGCGUCGGUGGGCAUCACCAGCAUCUGGAUACCACCGGCGACGAAAGCUAUGACGCCCACAAGUGAAGGCUAUGAUGCAUAUGACCUAUAUGACCUAGGCGAGUUUGAGCAUCACGGGACCAAGCGGACUAAGUAUGGUGAUAAGCAAGAGCUUGUCCAGCUGUCAGAAUCCGCAAACAAACAUGGAGUUUCCAUUUUGUUCGAUGCGAUUUUGAACCACAAGAUGGGUGCCGACAGUACCGAGUCUGUUCGAGCAGUCAAGGUUGACCCAGAAGGCAUGGUUCCCUUGGCGAUAAACCGCACGAAAAGCAUUGGCAGACCGACGAAAAUCAAGGCAUGGACCAAAUAUGACUUUCCGGGCCGCGGGGAGAAAUAUAGCUCCAUGAAGUGGAGUAAAGAUCACUUCACAGGAGUUGAUUACGACGAUAAGACUAAACGCAGCGGGGUGUGGCGUUUGCAAGGCAAAGAUUGGGCAUAUGAUGUUGACGAAGAACUCGCGAAUUACGACUUUCUUUUGGGUCAGGAUAUUGACCAUAGCCAUCCUGAAGUCCGAAAGGAUCUCUUCCACUGGGUAGAGUGGCUUUCCUCGCAGUUGAGGCUCGGGGGUCUGCGCCUAGAUGCGAUUAAGCAUUUCUCAGCUUCAUUUCUGCGCGACUUUGUCCGCCAUAUCGACCAGAACGUCGAAAAUGGAACCGACUGGUUCAUUGUGGGCGAGUAUUGGAGAGCUGACGCCAAGGUCCUUUCUGCCUACAUCGAGUAUAUGAGCCACCGGAUGUCGCUCUUUGACGUGCCAUUAUUGACGAAUUUCUACAACGUCUCAAAGGGUAUUUGUACGGACGUAAGGCAUGUGUUUCACGGUAGCUUGGCGGCAGUAAAGCCUAAAAAUGCUGUGACAUUUGUUGUUAAUCAUGAUACGCAAGCUGGACAAAGCCUUGAGACGAUAAUUGAACCGUGGUUCCUCCCGAUAGCCUACUCCAUCAUCCUAUUGCGUGAGAACUUCGGGGUCCCCUGUGUCUUCUGGGCAGAUCUUUAUGGAACUCGGGAGCCAAUGUUACCUCGGCCACCGCCUGGCAAUGGCCGCAUCAUACAUCGCCUUAUUCGGGCUCGUAAACUAUGGGCAUACGGAACCGAGACGCUCUAUUUCGAAGAUUCUUCAUCAUGUGCUGGGUUUACACGGCAUGGGCACCCAUCACAUUCUGCGGGCGCUGGCCUCGCUGUGAUAAUUAAUAUCGGAUGGGCUUCCACCGCCAAGCAAAUGUUUGUAGGAAAAGGCCACGCGGGGGAGAGAUGGACCGAUCUCCUUGAACAGACCUGGGGUGAUGUCAUGAUUGAUGCGGACGGCAUGGGUAAUUUUUGGGUUGGUCCGAGGACUGUCAGUGUAUGGGUGCAUAUCGAUGCGGAGGGUCAAUGGGAGGGAGCUACAUACACGUUUGAUGACCGAGGGUACAGUGCUGUUGAAGGCGCUAUGGAUAAGAUCAAGCUGAGGGAACCACUUAACACGAUGCCUGCGUGGUUACAGUCCACGACUGGGGUGUGA